AUCGACAGCCCUCAAGAUGUCGCUCGAGGAGAGAUUGACCAAGAUCCGGACGAGUCCGAAGCUGCAGAGCGUGCAGCAGUCUCAAGUGGUCCUCUCGGCCAUCGAAGACACGCUCCGCCAGCAAAGCUCAGAGUUUACACCGACGGCAUACUUCGCUGCGCUACUGUCGCUCCUGGGCCGUCAGAUCACCGACCAGGGCCUUGCAAACAAGGAAACUGCGACUGCCGUAGUGUACCUGCUCGAUCUCGUCACCCCACACGUGCCCGCCCCGCUGCUGCGCUCCAAGUUCACCGAGAUCAUCACAAGCCUGGCGCCCGCCCUCACACACCCCGACGCCGAUGCGCCGUUCCUACGAUCCUCGAUAGGAUGUCUCGAGUCGCUGCUCGUCGUGCAGGACGUGCACGCCUGGGAGCUGCCGCAGACCCAGAUUAGCCCGCGUAGAGCUGUCGCUGGGCUACUGCAAAUUUCGGUCGACCACAGGCCGAAGGUCAGGAAGAGGGCGCAGGAAGCGCUUGCGAAGGUGCUUGCCAACCCACCACCCAGCCCGUCUCUGGAUCAUCCUGCGGCAGACAUGUGCGCUGAGACGGCGCUCAAGGUGCUCAACGACAUUGCUGCGCUAGCGGCAAAGAUGAAGAAGAGCAAGGGCGGAAAGAAUGCUGAAAGCAAGGACCCGGAUCUCAUCCACGCGCUGCAGCUUAUCAAGACUAUUGCUACUGCGUCUGGUGGCUGGCCGAGCCGCAAGAUGGAUGUGCUUUGCGAGUUAUUGCUGAACAUCUCCAGGUCCACCAACGAGUUCCUCACCAUGUCUGCGUUCGAGAUCUUCGAGGUUAUUUUCGCGGGUAUGGCAUCGGAUGAGGUUGCGUCUGCGAAGCUCCCUCGUCUUUUGGAAGUCAUUUCUGAAUUGCAGCCCUCGAAGAACGACUCGCAGCUUCUCCCGCCUUGGAUCGCCGUCAUCUCGCGAGGAUACGAGGUCGCAGCCCAGGUUGAGCCUGAGGACACAUUCGUCAAGCUACCAGAGCUGUUCACGAUGGUUUCUGAGUUCUUGGUGUCUUCGUCGCACAACAUACGCAUAUCUGCCUCUGAAUGCUUGAUCUCGUUUCUGGUCAACAUCAUCCCAGACAGCGUCAUUCUCGAGCCUUCGGUUUACGACGAGAAGACGUUGGAGAAGGUCGCGAAGAUCGCGCAGAACCUGUUGAGCGUGAAGUUCCAGGCUGCGUGGAUGGAGGUGUUCAGCACGCUAUCAGCUAUGUUCGAGACGUUGAGAUGGCGCUCAGAGCCUAUCAUGAGGUCAGUUUUGAGGGUCGUUGGAGAUUUGAGGAGUAGCGAGAGCUUUGCUGGCAAGAAGGAGGCGGAUGUAGUCAUCUCGAGGGCUAUUGCCUCGAUGGGCCCCGACGCCGUGCUCGACGUUCUUCCCUUGAACCUCCCGCGACCACUACCAGGGCAAACCGGCCGAGUUUGGAUGCUGCCUCUUCUCCGCGACGCCGUACACAACACUAGGCUCUCUCACUUCCGCAGCGUCAUGGUCCCACUUAGUGAGCAACUUUUCCAGAGGGUCAUCGAGCACGGGCAGAGGGAGAAGACCAUGGAAAUCAAGGUUUUCGAGACCGUUGUGCAGCAGAUCUGGUCCACCCUUCCCGGAUACUGCGACCUGCCCCUGGACUUGACCGAGUCCUUCGACCAGUCCUUCUGCGAGAUGCUGGCGAAUCUGCUGUACAGUCAGGCAGACCUGCGUACCGACGUUUGCAAGGCACUUCAGAAUCUUGUUGACAGCAACAAGACAAUUAUCGAGCUUGACGGUAACGACGAUCUUGUCAAGCAGCUUCGCGUCUCGAAGACUGAUGCGCAGAAAAACCUCGAGCACCUGGCAAGCUUUGCGAGCAACAUGCUCGCGGUCUUGUUCAAUGUGUAUAGCCAGACACUGCCUCAGUACCGUGGCACAAUCCUACGAGCUAUCAACGCUUUCCUCAGCAUCAUACCCGAAAAGGAGCUUAUCGAGACUUUCGAGCGCGUAGCCUCGAAUCUCGAGCAAGCUCUCCCGGAAGCUGGACCUCAAACACAGGCCGACAAGCAGAAGCAAGGAAAGGGCGCAAACAAGAUGCCACCAAUGAGCCAUACACUCAUGGACCUCAUCAUCACAAUUGCGCUUUACCUUCCCCGAGACAGCUACGGCUCACUGUUCCGCAUGGCUGAGAUCAUGAUCAACAAGGACGACGACCCGCAGCUGCAGAAGAAGGCAUACAAACUGAUUCCUCGCCUUUCAGAAUCCGAGGUUGGCAAGUCGGCGCUGCAAGCGCGCAACGGCGAGCUGCAGCAGUUGCUUCUGCAGAGCUCAGAGAAGGUCACAGGACCAGCACGCCGCGACCGACUACUUGCCAUGUCGCAGGUCAUCGAGUUCCUGCCUCAGAGCGAUCUUCACUUCAUUCCUUCGGUUCUCUCCGAGGUCGUCAUUUCGGCCAAAGAGACUAACGAGAAGGCACGCGAGGCUGCGUACAGCCUGCUUGUAGCCAUGGGCGAGAAGAUGGCCGAGGGUGGCCAAGUCGUCCAGACCAAGGUGCCCAACAUGCCCGAAGACGCACCUACCGUCGAGGCAUCUCUUGAGGAAUACUUCACAAUGGUUUCAGCCGGUCUGGCCGCCUCGACACCUCACAUGAUCUCUGCGUCCGUCACCGCCGUGACUCGUAUCUUGUACCAAUUUCACUCGAGGAUAUCUGAUGAGACAAUCACAAACCUGCUCGAACUGAUGGACAUCUUUUUGCAGAACCCCAACAGGGAAAUCGUUCAGAGUGUGCUUGGCUUCGUAAAGGUCGAAGUUAUUACGCUCUCAGACUCACUUGUUCGUCCUCGUCUGCAAAAUCUUCUGAAGAACUUGAUGGUCUGGAGUCAUGAGCACAAGGCGCACUUCAAGGCCAAGGUUAAGCACAUUGUCGAGCGCUUGGUCCGCAAGUUCGGUGCCGAGGAGGUUGAGCGCGCUUGUCCUCCUGAGGACCGCAAGCUCGUCGUCAACAUUCGCAAGACACGUGAGCAGCGUAAGAAGAAGAAGCAACAGGCCGAGGAGGAUGGCGAAGCUCCUGCCCAAAAGCCGAAGGGCAAGUUUGAGAGCGAGUAUGACCAGGCUGUUUACGGCAGCGACAGUGAAGAAAGCGAAGAGGGCGACUCAGAGGAUGAGUUCGUAAAGAGCCAGAGCAAACAGCGCACUGGCAAGGCAAAGACCGGUCAAACAUACAUCGUCGAAGACGAAGAUGAGCCCCUCGAUCUGCUAUCAAAGAAGGCACUUGGCAACAUCUCCUCCACAAAACCUCUCCGUCAACGCCAGCAACCAACAAAAAGGACCGCUGCUCGCACCAACGAAGACGGAAAGCUUGUCCUUGGCGACUCCGAUGACGAAGGUGGCAUAAAGUUCAAGAAGUCAAGCAAGAGCGACGACAUCGAAAUGGACCUCGACGAGGACAACAUCGGUCUCGAAGCUGGUAUCAACGCCUACGUCGACGCUAUUCGUGGUCGUGACGCUGCUCAGCGUGGACAGCGUAACAAGCUGAAGUUUAGUAAUAAGCGCACCAAAGACGACGAUGACAUGGACAUGGAGGACGACGGUCUCGAUGCACAGGGCGUCAGGAAGGCUAAGUCUGGCUCAGGCAUGGGUCGCGGUGGCAUGAAGACUCAGCGUAAGGGACUUGGUGCUGAGAAGCAGCGCGGUCCUAGCGGAAAAGUUGAGAAGGGGAGGAGUCCGAGGGGAAGGGGCGGAUUUGGUAGAGGUGGACGGGGCGGUAGGAGAUAAGCAUUGAGACGUGUUGAUGACUACUUGCAUCUUAGAUACCAUUUAGAGGCGUUCAAAAAGCG